UUAAAGAAAAUAUUAACGUAUGAAAAAAGUUAUAGCCGUUUGAAAAUCAAUAAGGGAAGUUGUUUUAAGUGAGAAAUAACUAAAUUACCCUUCAAGCCAAUGCCAUUAAUCAUCCUCUCCAUGUCGCGUAGGCUUCAUACGAAAGAUUUGUGUUGUAUGGUAUCCUUUCUCUACAACUCAAACACACAUGUUUAUAAUUACUUUAGUUACAUAUAAUAAAUGUUCUACUCUCCAUAUAACUGGCGUACGUAAUUACUUUUUAUAACCAUAGUAAUAAUUCUGUAUAGCUAUUAGUUACAUAAUUACUUUACAGUAAUUACAAAAUUACUAUAGAGCCUUAUAACGAUAGUAUUUAUGAUAAUUACUCUAAUUCUAUAAAGUUGACGAUAUUUACGGUUGUGACACCGUAUAUUUUUUAUUUUUACCCUAUUUUUUUAUUCUUCAAUUCAUACACUCAGUACAAUAAGACUAUUUGUAAGUGAACCUGACUCUACCUAUGUAUGUAUGUAUACAUGUGUGCCUUGUUUGUAUGUUAGAAUAAUUAUGUACCCUUAAAUACAAAAUAAAAGUAUUUGUUGCUUGAACCGUCGUGGUUACACAAUGAAAUGUGUGAUACACAACUUGGACUCUGUUGAUACAACAAAUAAUAGAUCAAGUAUAAUAGCUGGGCUGGUUAGGCAAAAGGGUUGAAGGGUUCAAUUUUGCCUAACGCAGGUCAUGGGGUCCCCCCACGUUUGCAAGACGUGGAGAGAGGUUAACUAGAUUGUUUUUGUUGUUUGCUAAAGAACCUCCUCUGAAGUGUGUUCAGAUUCGGAUGUAUGUGCAAAAGGAAUGUGUGUGUUGAAUGUGAAAGAAAGUGACUUGCAUGGAGCAAGUACUCGAAGAGAAUGAUCAGAGAUUUCAGGAAUCAGAGUUGGCCUUCGAAUGUCUUGCACACUUAAUGAAGUGUCACUUUUAUAGGGAGAGCCUUAGCCCCAAGAGGAAUGUGUUGACUAGUGAACAUGCUUGCAGUGGGGGACUUACCCUUUCGGGGGUCAAAGCCUUUUGACAUGCGGAUAAAAGAGUGUAUUCUGUGGAUCCGUAUUACUUUUGCGGCUGGUGAGUUGGUGAAGCAAUCCAGAGAUGUGACCUUUUACUGUUCCCGCAUUGCUUUAUCUCAACUCCCCAGAAGAACAUCACUUGCUCUCUCUUUUUUCUCAAGUUUUCCCCUUUUUUUUAAAAAAGUUAUGUCUGCACUUGAUUUUAUCAAAAGUGAUGAUACUUCUGACGUUGCCUUUGAUGAUGCUGCUGCUACUCCGGGCGAGGAUGCGGUUGUUAGGGGUUCUGAUUAUAGGUUCGAGGGUUUUGGAUAUGUAAAUGUCCCUAAUGUCAAAGGUUUUACCAAGGCUACUGCUUCCAAGGCCUCCACUCGUCGCUCAAAACGCUAUCUGAAAGGUGCUGAUCAGCCAUCUGCUUCGGAGCCUAUCGAUGUUAGUGAUGAUAUUGAAGCAUCAGCAGAUCAAGCUAUUGAUGUCAGCAAGGGUAAGGAGAAGGAGUUGAUUGUUUCUAGUAAAAAGAAGAAAUUGAUUAAGAAAGGUAGUACUCCAGCCAAUAAAGGUUCAUCAGUCAAAAGUGUUGAGAGCUUCGAAGGUUCAGAGGGUCAAGAGGUUUAUGUGCCCAACUGGGGGUUAAAGUUGGAGAUAGUUUCAAAGAUCCGGCUGUUUGUGCUGAAGCCCUAGCUCACUUUGCUUCUCCCGGUGUUCGAAGCGCUAUUUCUGAUAUGGAGGCUGAUCAUCUUAUUUCCAGGAUGAUGCUGAGUUCCUGUAACCUUUCAGCCUUGUUGGCUGAAGGUGUUACCCGUUUUGCCAAAGGCAUGCAGGAAUAUGAAGAAGCCUCCAAGAAGAAGGAAAAGAUGAAAGCUUCGAUUGCCGCUAUGAAGAAGGAGAUUGAUAGUUUUUUUGAAAAGGAGCUAGCUUGGGUCAAGAAAGUGGGUGAGUUGACGAGAAGACACGAAAUUGAGAUGAAUGAUCUCAAAAAAGGUUUCGAAGCUGAUCGAUUGAAGCUAAAAUCUGAUAGGGAGGCCUUGUUUGUUCAACAGAAGGCCUUUAAUGAAGAAAAAGAUGGCUUAAAGGCUUUGGUUGCCCGAGCCACUAGGGAUAACCAGUGGCUUAUUGAGCACGGUUUUCAUCAAGUUGUUACCUACCUUCUUCACUCUAAAGAGUUCAAUUCUGCUCUUGGUGAAGUUUAUACUAAACUGCUUAACCUGGGGAAACAUCAAGGUCUUAUUGCAGGUUAUAAGCUUCAUGAGUCUGGCCAUCCUUUGUAAAAAUCUCCUUUGUACUGUCCUGAGGCUUCCGAUGUCUUCAAGGGUUCCAUUGAGCAGAUGGGGAGGCUAACGUACCCGUAUGUGAGCCAGGUUGCUUCUUGUUUUGGUAAGCCCCUCUCCGUUUUGCAGGAACUAAAGUCGGAUGGUCUUAAUAAGAAGGUAUGUACCGAAGUGCUUGGUUCUAUUUUAAGGAAACGUUCCUAUUCAGGAGAUAGCGAGGAUACCUUUUCGGGAGAACUUGAUGCUGCCAAGGAUGCCAGCUUGGAAGGUUCAGCUGUCGGUGAUGAUGGCUUGAAGGCUAAGAAGAUCAAGAAGACUAAGAAGGCCAAAGGUAACAGUUCUGAGGCUUCUAAGCCUUCCACUGAUGCAUGAUAUUCGUAGCUUUCUUAGCACUCUUUAAAACAAUUCAUGGCUUGUAAUGCUAACUUUAAACAAUUUUAGGUUUUGCAGGAACCCUUAAGGUUCCUGUUAUGUGGUUGUGGUUAGGCCUGUAUGGCCGUUUGAACAAUUUCUAAGCUCACAAGUCGCUAUGACUUGUCUUAACUUUGUUUGGAUGUUUGGAAGUCUUCUAAGGCUUCCUUUAUUAUGCUAUUAUGUUUAAGUGUUGUGUUUUUUA